UGCGGGGGUCGAGCGGGGUGGCCCAGUCUUUGCAUUGCCGGGAAGGGGCGGGCGCGAAGCAGCUCUGGGGAGCCUCUGCUCCGCUGGUGGCCCGCCGCCCUCGGUUCGCGUUGCCUCCCGCGGUUGGUGUUGCUCUCGCGGCUCUUGCCUCAUGCAGAUAACUGAAAUCCUGUUCCAGUAACAUAUGCCAUGUAAGGUUAAUGACAUCAGCAGCAGUAGUGAUUCUUGGUAAUUAAAAACUUCCCUUUCCUGCCCCCCACACACCACAGUUUCCCAAUGAUGAAAGGAAUUACAGGCCCAUGCAUAAGGAUGCCUUAAAAAGUUAUCAUGGAUAAAUACACUAAGUUGCAAAAGAUUGGUGAAGGAUCUUUUGGAAAGGCAAUUCUAGUUAAAUCAAAGGAAGAUGGCAAGCAAUAUGUUAUUAAGGAGAUCAAUAUAUCUAAGAUGUCAAAUAAAGAGAGAGAAGAAUCAAGAAGGGAAGUUGCUGUAUUGGCAAACAUGAAGCAUCCAAAUAUUGUUUUGUACAGAGAAUCCUUUGAAGAAGGUGGCUGCUUGUUCAUAGUGAUGGAUUAUUGUGAAGGAGGAGACCUAUUUAAAAAAAUUAAUGCCCAAAAAGGUGUCUUGUUUUCAGAAGAUCAGAUCAUGGAUUGGUUUGUACAGAUCUGUUUAGCACUGAAACAUGUACAUGACAGAAAAAUUUUGCACCGUGAUAUAAAGUCACAGAAUAUAUUUUUAACCAAAGACGGAACAAUACAGUUGGGAGACUUUGGAAUAGCUAGAGUCCUUAACAGUACAGUGGAGCUUGCUCGAACUUGUAUAGGAACACCAUACUAUUUAUCUCCCGAAAUCUGUGAGAACAAGCCUUACAACAACAAAAGUGACAUAUGGGCACUUGGUUGUGUUCUUUAUGAAAUGUGUACACUGAAACAUGCAUUUGAAGCUGGUAAUAUGAAGAACCUAGUACUUAAGAUAAUCUCUGGAUCAUUUCCACCUGUAUCUGUGCAUUAUUCCCACGAACUCCGGAGCCUGAUUUCCCAGCUAUUUAAAAGAAAUCCUAGGGAUAGACCAUCUGUUAACUCCAUAUUGGAGAAAAUUUUUAUAGCUAAACGUAUUGAGAAAUUUCUCACACCACAGCUUAUUGCAGAAGAAUUCAGCCAUAAAAUGUUGCAAAAGUUUGGGCCUCAUGCUGGACCAGCAAAGAGACCAGCUCAAGGACAAAACUUGGCCUCUGCUGCUCCUGCUCAGAAAAUUACCAAACCUGCCGCUAAAUAUGGAGUGCCUUUAAUCCUUAAGAAGUCUGGAGAUGCAGCUAAAAAAUUCCAUGAGAAGCCUAUAAUUAAAUGUAGACAGGCCCCUCCAUCUGCACUGAAGAAAGGGAAGCCAGGAGAAGAAAGGAGGAAAAUGUUUGAGGAAGCUGCUAAAAAGAGAAGACUAGAUAUUUUUGAGAAGGAAAGACGACAGCGUGAGCAGAUCAGUUUCAUGAAGAUUGAGCAGAUGAGAAGACUUGAGAAGGAAAGGAUGGAACGAAUAAACAGAGCCAGAGAGCAAGGAUGGAGGAAUGUGCUCAGCACAGGUGGUAGUGCUGAAAUUAAGACUCAAUUUUUUGGUGGUGGAGGAGCUCUAGUGCCUUUGCCUGUGCCUGGUCGAGGACCAUAUGAACACUAUCAUGCUGUUUUUGAUCAGAUAGAGCAACAAAGAGAACAUAUUAAAAUUGCAGAAGGAAAAGAUGCUGAAUUGAAAGAAAAGCCUUGUCAGGAGCCUGUUGAAAGUGGACCUUCAACUGGAGUUCAUAUAGGAGUUCCUAAUGGGCCUGCAGAUCAUCCUCAUGUACCUAAUGCUGAUACAGUAAGGAGAAGAAUGAGAAGAUUGGAAGAGGUGUCUAGACAAGCCAAUGCAAACAGGCAAAAGGGAUGGGAAAGAGCUAAGCAAGUUGAGGAAUUCUGGCAACGGAAGCGAGAAGCCAUGCAAAACAAAGCUCGUGCUGAAGGACAUAUGGACACACUGCAAAACCUGGCAGCUAUCUAUGGAGGCAGGCCUAUUUCUACAAGAGGAAGGAAAACCAGAAACAAGGAGGAAGAGGAAUAUCUGGCAAGGCUAAGACAAAUUAGACUUCAAAACUUCAAUGAACGCCAGCAAAUCAAAGCUAAACUUCAUGGAGAGAAGAAUGAAGCAGGUGGUUCUCCAGUACAUGAAAUAAAUGAAGAAGCAGAACUAAGGCGUAAAAAAAUUGAAGCACUAAAGGCACAAGCAGAUGCCCGGGCUGCAGUCCUGAAAGAACAAUUAGAGCGAAAAAGAAGAGAAGCAUAUGAAAGAGAGAGAAGAGCUUGGGAAGAUCAUCUGGUAGUUAAAGGAGUAAAGAAUCCCAUGGGAGCUGCAGAGAUGAGUCCUACUCAUGGCAGGAAAGAAGUUGGAGGAUCUCCUACCAAGCUGAUAAAGCCCAGUUCACCACCACAAAACAUUUCAAUGACAUCCGCUUUGAAGGAGGUGGGCGUGGAUGAAAGUGCAACAGUUAUCCAAGAAACACCAGCAGAAGUAAAGCCUGAUACUGCUGUUCAAAACAAACGAGAAAUACUAAGGAGACUCAAUCAAAACCUUAAAGCACAGGAAGAUGGGAAAGAGAGAAAUGAGUCUAAAAGUAUCUGUGAGAAAGCUACAGCUGAUGAGAAUAAUCAGGAUCAAGAAGAAGAGUAUCCAGUUUUAGCUGAUCGUAAGAAAUGGGAAGCAGGUACACAACUUGUGGUUCCACUAGCAGAGCUGACAAUGGAAGAAUCCUUGUUGGCUACAGAAGCCAAUACAUUAGGUGAGGUUAUUACGGUAGAUGUUGCUGAACCCCAGAGAAAAGUCUGGGGCAAAAGCCCCACUGAUUCAGUGUUGAAGAUUCUUGGAGAGGCUGAGCUACAACUUCAAACUGAUCUGCUAGAUGACUUAAGCAUUAACAAUGAGGUUUCAGAGGAAGCUAUGACAUUAAGAGAGAACACUGAAACAAAAGCAGCAUCACCUGUUGGAAAAGAAUCAGCAACUGAAGUUGGUAACACUGAAAAUAUGACAACAGAGAAGUCUCAUCCACCUCAGUUAGAGCAUCUGUUGUCCAAGCCUCAUCUCAUAGAUGAGCCUGAGGACUUGGAAGCAGAAUUAUUGGAAGAAACCAAGGAAAAUAAAUGCAAAAUGGAAGUACUGCCUGUUGCUGCUGAUGUGUGGGUCAAAGAAAGUAAAAUAAAGGAAACCACGUCACAAGAUCAUACUGAUUAUAGCCAGCGUGACAAUGAAGAUCCUCCUGCAGAAGAUGGAAUGUUUAAAAAAAUGCCACUCAAUGAAGAAGCAUCAGUAGAGUCCAAUGAUUCUAUGCAACCAGAACCCUUUUUCCAGAAGGUGGCACAGCACCAAGCAAGAUUAACAGCUUUUCCAGUUCUCUCAGCACAGUCUUCCCUUGAAGAUUCUCUUCCAACAAGAUCACGCUCUGUAUCCCCUGAGAAGACAAAAGGCAAAAAUUCGCUGUUGAUAGGCCUUUCUACAGGUCUCUUUGAUGCAAACAAUCCAAAGUUGUUGAGAACAUGUUCUCUCCCAGAUCUUUCCAAGCUAUAUAGAACGUUAGUUGAUGUCCCUAGUGUUGCUGACGUACAGAAUCAAGAGAAUCUUGAAAUAGAUGAUAUAGAAGAUGAACCUGUCAAAGAAGAACAUUCUGAUUCUGAAGAUAUUAUGUUUGGGGAGCCAGAUACAGAUUUGCAGGAACUUCAGGCUUCAAUGGAGCAAUUACUCAGAGAGCAACCUGGUGAUGAAUUCAGUGAAGAGGAAGAAGCAACUUUAAAAGCUAAAUGCCUAGCAAAUGGUACAGAGGUGGAUGAGGAUGACAACAAUCCUAGUAGUGAAAGUGCCCUUAAUGAAGAAUGGCAUUCAGAUGACAGUGAUGGUGAUAAUGCUAGUGAAUGUGAAGAGUGUGAUAGCAUCUUCUGUCAUUUGGAAGAGCUGAGAUGUGAACUGGAGCAAGAAAUAGGUUUUGAAAAAUUCAUUGAAGUUUAUGACAAAAUAAAGGCUAUACAUGAAGAUGAAGAUGAGAACAUUGAUAUUUGUUCAACAAUUGUUCAGAAUAUUUUAGGAAAUGAACAUAAGCAUCAAUAUGCAAAAAUUCUCCAUUUAGUCAUGGCAGAUGGAGCUUAUCAGGAAGAUAAUGAUGAAUAACAUGCCUUGGCAACCAACUCAGUGAAAUAUAGGUGUAUUACCUGUAAAACAACAAGGCACAAAUGAAAAAUAAGUUUAUUGGGACAAGCUUAAGGUGUUGCUGCUUGCAUAGAGAUGGAAAAGCAUUAUACUUUCCACUGAAAGGUUGUUCAUAGAUUUCUUUUGACAUUUAGCUUCAUUCUUUCAACAGAUAACUAAAAAGCUACCUCUGAUUUAAAAUUAAUAACAAAGAAUUGAAAGGCUGACUCAGACGUUAUUUACUGUUUGAGAGUUUAUCAUGUAUGAAUAAGCCCAUGUUAUAUUAGCUGCUGCUAUUUGUUUAAAUCUGAACAGUUAAAAGAAAACCAAAAUAAGAGGACCUUUGACUUUGCUUUCCAUUCAAGAUAACUUAUCAUUUCUCAGAAACUGUUUCCUUGAUCUUAAAAACAUAUGGAAGUAACUCUCACUGAAAUCAGUGAAACAUUUCCAUUAAAUAGUAUGUUUAAGGUCAAGAUAUUUUAAAUAUUUCACUGUUUGUGUGUGUACAUACAUAUGUGCAUAUAAUCAAUAAUAAUAUUUAGAAUUCUCAGUAUUUUUGCCAUGACUAAUUUACAAUUAUUUCUUCCAAAUCAAAGCAGAUAAGUGCACCAUUUUCAAUACUUGAAGUUGUUUCUGUCAAGUGGAGUAAAGAAUGAGCUUGGAUAGCGUAUGCCAUUUUCUACCAUUCAGUGUGAAGUUGCAUUUUCCUGUAGUACUGCAUACUCAGUUAAACUGCUGCUCACAUUUUUGGUCUAUAAUUUGGAUAAUAUUAGGAAUGACUGAAAAUAGAAUUAAUACAAACGUUGUGCUGCUGAUGUUUGAAAACAAUGUGUUUAUCUUGCACCCAGUUAAUCUAGAGGACAUAAUUUGAGUUUUCCUCAUUUUUCAAUGUUUGCCCUGAGAGAAGAAUAAGCACUUCUUGUGAGGUCAUAAUCCUGAGACAAAGGCUUUAAAUAUUUCUGAUAUGCAAGAGGUAGUUACAGAAGCUUGCUGAAUUGGCUGUAAGAUUUAAUGUGCAGUUAUUCCAUUGAAAAAAUAGACCUUUACCUCACCUAAUAACAAUGCAAAGUGGAAAGUAUAUACGUGAAUUCAGUUAUACUAGCACUAAGAUGUAAAUAUGUUUUAUUUUUAACAACACAAUAAAUGC